UUGGACCUAGGAAAGUCACGUAAAGACGAGGUAUCAAUUCUCCAAACAUUUAAUCCCUCAGUCGUGUCAAUAUGCGUCGGUCGUUUCAGAAGGCUCCUCUGCUGGUCAAUCGACGAGACGAGCUUGACAUUCUACUUAUGGACUUCAUUGGUUUGUCUUGGUUGUCUGUAUAAUCUAAUCAUGAUUGUGAUCAUGGUAUUCGAAGAAAUCUACCGAAACUUUUAUCGUCUCUGGAUCAGCUUCAAUAUCGCGUUCGAUAUUGUCUUUCUACUCGACUUAUUCGUCCUGACCAGAAGACGUGAGUAUGAUCACAUUCGCGUUACUUAUUCUCUAUCCAGCCAAUGUCAUAUUUUUAAAAUUCAACAAGAACCAAACCAUCUUAAGUAUUGCUUUAUUGACAUCAUAUGUAUUUUGCCGACUGACUUGCUGCUUUACCUGAAGCCUGACUUGUCACUCUCAAGGAUGAACCGAUUGCUAAAGUGUUAUCGACUGGCCCAGUUCAACACUCUAACAGAAAUUCGUACCAAGUUUCCGAACCUUUAUCGCGUCACUAAGCUGAUAUUCACAUGUUUCGUUAUAUUUCAUUGGAACGGAUGCAUCUAUUUCUUCAUCAGUGUACUGUACGACUUUUCAGCCGCAUCCCGCGAUAAUUGGAUAUUUUCCUUUGGAAAGAUUUCUGAUCCGAUCUUGGUUGGCUGUGAAAUCAAUGAAAACUCCAGUAUAACGAAGAACGAGUGCAGCACUCAUGUCCUCCAAUCACUGUGUUUUUUCGAUCACUGUGACAAUGUAACGGCAGAAGUGUACAAGGCAAUUAAAUUUGUCAAACAAUAUGCGCUGAGUUUCUACUGGUCUGCGCUAACCCUUGUCACUCUUGGUGAACAGCCAUCGCCAAAUGAUUCAUUUCAAAAUUCGUUCGAAAUCUGUGACACACUACUUGGUCUGGUCUUGUUUGCGGUGAUCGUCGGUGACGUCGGUAACAUGGUAACGACGAUGAACAUGAAGCGAUCCAAUUUUGAAGAGAUUCUAGACGGCUGCAAGAGCUAUAUGAUCUACAGAAAAGUGCAUCGCUAUCUCCAGAAGAAAACCGUGGAUUAUUUUGUCUAUUCAAGGACGCAUGGUGGUGGGCAGGUAGAUGAGAAAGAAAUAGCCAAAUUCUUGCCGCCUCGACUUUAUGGACAGCUCGCCGUGCACAUUCACAUGGAGACGUUGAGACGCGUUAAAUUAUUUGAAGACUGUGAGUUGAACCUUCUCUACGAACUGAUUCUGAAACUCGAGUUGCGCGUAUACUCGCCAAUGGACGACAUCUGCCGAAAAGGUGACGUUGGAACGGAAAUGUAUAUUGUGAAGGAAGGAGCUGUGGAAGUUGUUAACGAUGAUGGCACGAAGGUAUUCGUACGCCUUGGGGUAGGAACUGUGUUCGGCGAGCUGUCAAUUUUAAAUAUUCCGGGCAACAAAAAUGGAAACCGACGAACGGCCAACGUCCGAUCGGUUGGCUAUUCGGAUCUCUAUGUUCUUAGCAAAGAUGACCUGUGGGAAGCGCUUCGAGACUAUCCGGAAGCGAAAAAUUCGCUGAUGGAAAAAGGCAAAAGCAUUUUAGCCAAAGAUAACUUACUAGAAGAAACGACCGAUGAGCAGGAAAUCGACGAAAGCUUACCCAUUGACGAACAACUUGAAGCAGCAGCCAAAGUUCUUCGCAAGCUUGAAAUGCAACUCGACAAAACGGAGCAGCUACUCCAUUCAAAUAUAUAUCCAAUCACCUUUACGAUGAUUUAUGAAGUCAAAUUUAUGAAGCAUCUCUCGAGGUUGUUCAACACCGAACCUAUAAUUCUUCUAUCUCCCUAUUCUCUUCUUUACUAG